AUGGCAGCAGCCGUAGCUGCAUCUAAUACCACACAACAUGAAGCUCGUAAAACAGCACAAGCUUAUCUCGACCAACGAUUAGCAGAUAGUGCCACCAACAAGUCAACCCGGCCAUUCGAUGUUCCAGAGAUCAACAUCGCCAAAUCAUUCUCUUCCAAACUCGAAGAUCGCAAAGCAGUAGCCCUUCAAAUCCGCAAUGCCUGCAUGAACAGCGGAUUUUUCCACAUCACAGGCCACGGCAUUGCCGAAGAGAAACGCCAGACGAUCCUCAAGGCUGCCCAACGUUUUACCAAAGACUAUCCGCGAGAGAAGAAGGAGGCCCUGCAUGUCAGACAUUCCCCAUACUUCCGAGGAUGGGAACCUGCCGAUUUCACGUACGUCAAUCCGGGCGAUUGGAACGCAGCCGAAGCCGCGCCCGAAACGAAAGAGGGAUUCAACUGGGGCUAUGAAGCCGGUCUCGACCCCACGGGCGGUGAUGGACAGUAUCGUGAACUCGAUGGCGCUGCCAUCAACGCGAAUGUGUGGCCCGACGAAGACAUUCUACCGGGGUUUUAUGCGGCUGUGCAGGAAUACUACGGCUCGAUUCUGCAGCUUGCGAGACAUCUGUUUCGACUAUUUGCGUUGGCGUUGGAGUUGGAAGAGGACUAUUUCGAUGAUAUGAUGACCCAUCCCGGGGGUAUCGCGAGGUUGUUGUAUUAUCCUCCCGCGAAAGAUCCGAAGCCGCUGGAUUCGAAGGUAAAGGAUAAGGAGAUUGGACUGGGGGCGCAUAGUGAUUAUGAGUGCUUUACUAUCCUGUUAACAUCUACUGCUGCUGGUCUGGAGAUACUCAGUCCUGAGAACCAGUGGAUUGCUGCACCGUUCGUGGAAGGCAGCUUUAUUAUCAAUGUCGCGGACUUCUUGAUGCGGUGGAGUAACGGCGUCUUCAAAUCUACCGUGCAUCGUGUCGUCAACCGCACGUCGAGUGAGCGAUAUAGCGUCCCAUUCUUCUUCUCGAUCAAUUACGAUCAGAUGGUAGAGACUCUGCCAAGUUGCAUCACGCCAGAAAAUCCCUCGCAGUACAAGCCUAUCCGAGCGGGGGAAUAUGUACUCGAAAGGCUCCGAGCUACUGCCAAAGACAGUUGAGAGAUGUCAAGAAGGGCGUAAUUGGUUUUACGUAUACUAUAAGCUCUCCCGUUUUGGUAUAAUCAGCAGUUCACUUUAUAAAUGAAUGAUGACCAUAUACUACUGCGUUAGGGAAUAACGAUUAUUGAAAACGACGAGGC